AUGGUAAUGGCCACUUCAAUCGCUGAUUUGGCCUCUUCGGAGGUUCGGCCAGACUCUCCGGUGACCGCCGGUGCAGGCCCAGAAAUGUCGGUCGAUGAUUUGGAUAAGCACAUUGAGACGCUCAUGAAAUGCGAACUAAUCUCUGAACAAGACGUCAAAUCAUUAUGUUCCAAAGCCCGCGAAAUCCUUGUACAAGAAGGAAAUGUUCAAGUUAUAGACUCUCCAGUAACGAUAUGUGGUGAUAUUCAUGGACAGUUUUAUGAUCUCAUGGAGUUAUUUAAGGUUGGCGGUCAGAUUCCCGACACCAACUACUUAUUUCUUGGAGACUUUGUUGAUCGAGGAUUCUAUUCAGUAGAAACGUUCCUGCUGCUUCUCGCGUUAAAAGUCCGGUAUCCGGAUAGGAUGAUGCUUAUUAGAGGGAAUCACGAAAGCAGGCAAAUCACACAGGUAUAUGGUUUCUAUGAUGAGUGCCUGCGAAAGUAUGGAAGCGCCGCCGUUUGGAAAGCAUGCACCGAGGUUUUUGACUACCUCUCCCUUUCAGCUGUAAUUGAUGGAAAGGCGUUUUGCGUCCAUGGAGGAUUAUCUCCCUCUAUUCAAACACUGGAUCAAAUACGAGUCAUUGAUAGGAAACAAGAGGUGCCGCAUGAUGGUCCCAUGUGUGAUCUAUUGUGGUCCGAUCCAGAAGAUUCAUCAGUAGGAUGGGGAAUGAGCCCACGAGGGGCUGGAUACCUUUUUGGUGCUGACGUUGUCAAGACUUUUUGCGAUACAAACGGCGUUGAUCUCAUAUGCAGGGCACAUCAGCUUGUCAUGGAAGGGUAUAAAUGGCAUUUCAAUGAUACUGUUUUAACAGUAUGGUCGGCUCCAAACUACUGUUAUCGAUGCGGGAAUGUUGCUGCCAUAUUAGAAUUGGACGAGCAAUUAAAUAAGGAAUUCACGAUAUUUGAAGCCGCACCACAGGAAAAUCGUGGUGCACCAGCCAAGAAACCGCAACCGGAUUACUUCCUUUGA